AUGAGUCGUCGACAGCAACCUGCUGACCCUCUUCUUGAUGUGUACCAGUGUGUAAGUGACAAUAAAGAUUUUGAUACUGUUUAUGACGACAUAUCAGCGCAUCCUGAAUGGUUAACAACGUUUGCUAACGGUAAAAAUUGGUCUGUUUUACAUCAUAUUGUUGAUCACGGUAAUGUUCAACAAUUGGAACGUUUAUUAGAACUACAAUCUAAUAAUAUUCAGUUUCGUCUUUUAACAAAAACAAAGGAUGAUAAUUUAACCGUAUUGGAUAUUGCAAAAAGAAAUUCAACAAAACAUCCGGCUAUGUUUCAACGAAUUGAUCGACUUGUUAAAAUGGAUGAGCUUUUAAAUCAUGCUAAAGAAAGGCAAUGGCCACAAUGUAAACAAUUGAUACAAGGGUGUCCAGAAAUUUUAAAUGAAAAACCACCGUAUAGAAAAUAUUAUGUUUUACAUCAUAUUGGACAUGUAGGUGAUAGAAGAUUUUUUGACGAAUUACACAAUCAAUAUAAAUUCGAUCUAAAUCUAUCCGCUGAUAAGGAUAAAACAGUGUGUGAAAUUGCCAAUGAGAAUGGUCACCAAGAUUUUGCCAGUUACGUAAAACAAUUAAGAUCGACACAAUCUACAGAUACAACUUCUUCUGCCGCUCGGAGAUCAAAUACUGGUAAAACCGUUACUAAUCCAAGUGACGAUGAAGCACAACUCCUUGCCGCUUCAACAGAGUGGAUUAGACGGUUUAAUAUGGCCGAUUUUAAGUAUGUAGUCAAUGCCUAUUUGCCCACUGCAAAAUUGUAUGCUCGUAAUGCUGGUGUUGCAUCAUUACCACUUAUUGGACGAGAACAAAUUUUCGAGUUUUGGGAUAACUUUUACAAGGCAACUGGUGCAGCAAACUUAAUAUAUUAUGAUCGAAAAAUUGUUAUAACUGGUCCAGGUCGUGGUGAAUCAUCAUCGAGAUGGACAAUGAAUGUUGGCGAUGGAUUUAUUGACAAAGAAACGUGGGUGAGAAAUCAGGAGACUGGAAUAUGGUCCAUUGCCUUUGACGAUUUUACAGUAGAACAAAAUUAUAAGAAUGGACCAACUACUGGUAAAACCGUUACUAAUCCAAGUGACGAUGAAGCACAACUCCUUGCCGCUUCAACAGAGUGGAUUAGACGGUUUAAUAUGGCCGAUUUUAAGUAUGUAGUCAAUGCCUAUUUGCCCACUGCAAAAUUGUAUGCUCGUAAUGCUGGUGUUGCAUCAUUACCACUUAUUGGACGAGAACAAAUUUUCGAGUUUUGGGAUAACUUUUACAAGGCAACUGGUGCAGCAAACUUAAUAUAUUAUGAUCGAAAAAUUGUUAUAACUGGUCCAGGUCGUGGUGAAUCAUCAUCGAGAUGGACAAUGAAUGUUGGCGAUGGAUUUAUUGACAAAGAAACGUGGGUGAGAAAUCAGGAGACUGGAAUAUGGUCCAUUGCCUUUGACGAUUUUACAGUAGAACAAAAUUAUAGCUAA